GGCGCGGAGGUGCGCGGGAGGGCGGGCGCAAUGGCGCGCGUGGGAGCGGCGGUCGAUAAGCUGCACGUCCGCGCCACCGCCGCCUCGCAGCCGAAGCCCACCGGAGCCGCGGCCAUGUCCUCCGUCGUCUCUUACGAGAGCCUGGUGCACGCCGUGUCCGGCGCCGUGGGCAGUAUGACUGCAAUGACUGUAUUUUUUCCUUUGGAUACAGCUAGGCUUAGACUUCAGGUUGAUGAGAAGCGAAAGUCCAAGACGACACCAGCAGUUUUAUUGGAAAUCAUCAAAGAAGAAGGCCUGUUGGCACCAUAUCGAGGGUGGUUCCCUGUCAUCUCCAGCCUUUGCUGCUCCAAUUUUGUUUACUUUUAUACCUUUAAUAGUCUCAAAACUCUUUGGGUCAAAGGUCAGCAUUCAACCACUGGCAAAGACCUGGUUCUUGGGGUUGUUGCAGGUGUUGUGAAUGUACUCCUGACCACUCCUCUCUGGGUAGUGAACACACGGCUGAAGCUGCAAGGAGCAAAAUUCAGAAAUGAAGACAUUGUGCCGACCAAUUAUAAAGGCAUCAUAGAUGCCUUCCAUCAGAUCAUACGGGAUGAAGGAGCCUUAGCUUUAUGGAACGGUACUUUCCCUUCCUUGCUGCUGGUCUUCAAUCCUGCCAUACAGUUCAUGUUUUAUGAAGGCUUUAAAAGAAAGCUCUUAAAAAAGCAGACACAACUCACAUCUUUGGAUGCUUUUGUCAUGGGUGCAGUAGCCAAAGCAGUUGCCACCACCCUCACUUAUCCUUUGCAGACUGUACAGUCAAUCCUGCGGUUUGGACGCCACAGAUUGAACCCAGAAAACCGAACACUGGGCAGUCUUAAAAACGUUCUCUACCUUCUUCGAGAGAGAGUGAGACGUUUUGGAUUAAUGGGACUCUACAAAGGCCUUGAAGCAAAGCUCCUGCAGACAGUCCUUACUGCUGCUCUUAUGUUUCUAGUAUAUGAGAAACUGACUGCGGCAACCUUCAGAGUCAUGGGAUUAAAGCAUUCGCACACACAUUGAGAAAGGAACCUCUGCCAAAGGUUAUGGGCUCUAGAAAAAUGUAUUUGUUUUUGAGACUGCACUUGGGUAGUAACGGGUCCUCACUUGCUCUUCUUUAGCCAUCUCCAUUCCUUGAAGAAGUUCUGAAUGCCGUCUGUAGGAAGUGUUGCCACAACUUUGGGAAUAGCCCAUUCCCUGCUCUUCUGUGGACUCACUGUGUUAAGAAACAAAACAGAGACCUCACUCAAACACUUGAAAUGAAAUUCCUACUGCUUUGUGAAUUGGCAGACAGUCAUGGUGAGAAUGAUUCCCUCACUGUGCUGAACUUUCUGGUUUUCCUUUGAAUUAUCUUCAACUACUCUCCCUGUCUUUACCUUCUGUCAGCAGCCGGUGGGGCCGGUUUCUUGUUAUUCUCCUCACACUAUGUUUAUGUCACUCAGUAAUGUGGAUCAUUAAAACAAUUCAGAAAGAUCAAGAUUUUGACACAGUUUUCUUUUAACAUCACAUACAUGUUUGCAGCACAGAAUGACUAGGUGUUCUACCAGAAACCUGGCACUGAUGUUUCUGAGCUGCUACUGUGAAUGCUAGCAGCAAAUAGGCACAGUGCUUUCCAGAGCCCACAGGCAAAUAUUCAGUGCAGACACUGGGUAGAAAAGGGGAGAGUAUCCUCAUGCUUUUACAAGGUGAGUGCCUCAAGAAAGUGACUCUCUACACAGAAACAGAUACAAUUCUGUAUUUUCAGGUUCCUUGAGGAGAAUGUGAAUUCAUGUUCUCAUCAGACAGGGAGCAAUAGCCUGUGCUUCGUCAGUGGCAUGCCUUCCCAGAAAUGGGUUUUAGUUGUUUUUCCAUGGAUCUUCCCAGACAUUUUCUUGACCAGAAGGCCAAAGGGUCAUGAUUGUUGUCCCAGCUAAUGCAAGCAUGUAUGUUCUUUAUACAGAAUUUUGUUUAGUCAUCCUUGGCCAUAAAAUGCACAUAAAUACUGCUGUCUGUCAAGAAGUCUGCAGCAGGAUUCUUCUGAAGUAUGGUCUUAUAGUUGAAGUAUUGAGAAAGUCUACAGUAGUUUAAUGCCAGUGAAGUCUGGGAGAAGUGCUGCAGGAGGUUUGUUGAACUGUGAAAUGGUGUCUUCCUCCCCUUCCCCCCACAGUUUGGAUCAACUGUGCACAUGAAAUGAGAACGUCUUUCUGCCUUCUUUUGCGCAAGAAUAAAUUGGACUUAAGGUUCAGAAAGCAUUGGGAGUAUCAGUGUACAAUAAAGCUUUACUUCGUGCUC